CAUCUCUAGCUUUAUCCCAUCCCAUACAAACUCCCAGUCACUUCCCUUCCACUCUUUCCCACUUGGAAAAACCUAAUCAUUCAAGCACCACCACAGAAAAAGAGCUUUCCUUCGCUUCACAACAAGGUUCCUAUAAUUAUCAUUUCCUUCAAUCUCAUCACCACCCUUCAAUCUAUUUCCCAGUGUCCAAAUCUUUCUGCUGUUCAUUUUUUUUUUGUUCACAGAAAUUUUCACAAUGGCAACAGCCUCAGCAACAGUGUCACCAGCAAUGUUCACCACCACUACAACAGUGGCCAAGUCUAUGAGGAGACCAUCAAACAAUGUGCAUUACAUUUCAGGGGUCAAUUCCUUUUCUGGACUCAAAGCUCACAAUAGUGUGGCCGCUCUUGGUCUUCCUCAGUGUACUGAGCAGUCCUUUGCUAAGAUUGUGAGCUCCUUGAGAACUCCAUCACAGAACAAGGGCAGAGGUGGAGGUGCACUUUCAUCUACCUGCAAUGCAAUUGGUGAGAUUUUCAAGAUUGCAGCAAUCAUGAAUGGACUCACUCUUGUUGGAGUUGCAGUUGGAUUCGUUCUACUCCGAAUCGAAGCGACUGUGGAGGAGUCAGCUGAGUGAAAUUUUUUUUCAGAUGCCCCAUAUUUUGUGAUCGAUGUUUGUCAAUCUUGUACCUCUCUAUUUAAUACUUCAUUUUGAUGUAGAAAAUAUUUCUUUUUCUGUUAUUGUGAAUUGUGUCGGAUGGUAGAAGGUCAUAUGGAAUGCCAUUAUAUUGAUAC